UCUCGCGGGACACACACAUUGCCUACACCACACACUUCCUCUCUUCAAAGGCUUGCAUCUCCAAAUUAGAGUUUAAUUAGCGCCACCGCGAGCGAGUAAUUGCGAUUGGCUAUUUUAGUCCGUGUGCGACGACACAGGCGGAAAACGAAUAAAAAUAAUUCGCUGCAACAUGCGUUUCGUCAUCGAGAGCGGGACUUGAAUUGCAAGUCAAUCGAUCAGAUCAGCAGAGAUGACCAAUCUUUAGAACGGCGCGCAAAAGCUCUGAUUUGGAGAUGCACUUUUGCCCGAUGGUGCACUUGACUGCACUCGGUCUAGUGCUGCUGGCCGGAUCCACCACCACCCUGGCAGCCAACAAUAAGACUGAAGGUUGCAGCCUCGUGUUCAACGCCGAGCGUCCGGUGCUAAUCAGCAGCAGACACAACGACUCAACCACGCCCGUCCACUGCUCCUACGUCGUGCACACACCCCCGGGCACCCUCGCCGGACGAAUUUUCCAAGUCAGUCUCGAGCACUUUAACGUGGGACACCGCACGGUCAGCGGGGGCGCCUGCCAGGACGGAUGGGUCAAGAUAGGCGACUCGCUUUAUUGCGGCGGAGGAGUUUCGCCAAAUACGUUCCUGCUCUUUCCAACCACUGAGCACAACCCGAGGAUCAAUGUGGUAGUUCAUCCUGGCGGAAGGAACCACGAUUUUCAAGCGCGAGUAGAGCUCCACUCUCAACUAACUCUGCAAGAGAAGCACCACCAGAUGAUUUUGGUUACGCCUGGCAAGAAAGUGCAGUUCACCGAAUGCGACCGCAACUUCAACUGCCUCGAGUACCCAGGGUACUGUCAGGUGACCUCACCUUCCUACCCUGGAGCCUACCCUCGACCUAUGAACUGCUCCUACCACCUUAAAUCACCAGAUUCAGGAAUCAUCAUCGGUGGCCGUUAUGAAUUGUUCGAAGUCGGUGGAGGUCAGCGCCUCCACUACGGGGCUGCGUGCGAACUGGACGACCACCUGGAAAUCUACGACGGCGGCGAGUUGGUGGAUAAGUUUUGCGGCAGGGCCAAGAAGUUUCCAAAGAUUGUUUCAAAAACUAGAGACGUUACAAUCAGGUUUGUCUCUACACACGCUGGUCCUCCGUCCAGAGGGUUUGCACUUAGCAUUGAGAGGUCACCACCUCACCUUGCCGACCACCAAUUUCGCUGCUCCCAAACCUUUAAAGUUGGCUCGUCCAUUGACUACCUAAAGUCGCCCCACCACUGGCUGGCGCCCAAGAGCCACUGCUCCUACCACUUGGUCACAAAACCAGGAAAGCAAAUAUGGCUCGCCUUCAAGACCCUGAGGACCAGGUCAACCUGCUCGGAAUUCGACGAUCGGGUUCAAGUUUGGGACGGACUCGAGAUGGUCCUUAGCGUCUGCAAAAAUCACACUCUGAACUUUCCGGUGGUCAGCAAGUCGCACCAGUUGAAAAUAGUGUACUUCAGUCCUGCAGGCACCUUUGAUGCCAGCAGCAGGCUCUUCUUCCACGUCAGGUUCACUUCCGUGAGCUCCAUCGAGACAGGACGCCAUGCACGGGGCACAUGGUGUGACAUAGAAUUCCUGCCAAGCCGCUUGGGAGGACCAUUUUCUCUGCUGAAUCCAAAGGAAAUUCUCCUCGAGCCACCCAAAAUGCCAAAAGUUCUUAUUUGCAGGUAUAAAUUUAAAGCUCCGGAGGGGUACACAGUGCGUCUUAAUCUAAACCACGCUGUUUUCGAGCCUCUCUUCAAAUGUGUAAAUUCAAUCUGCGACCCCAAUCUAGGGCACAACGCAACCUACGACAGGCUGCUCAUAUCAGAAAAGAUCGAAACCAUCCACCUAGGGUGCGAAUGCGGCGGAAGGAUGGCCGAAAAGCACCACCACGCGCAAAUUUAUCAUUCAAGAGGGUCGGAAAUGCUUUUGCAGCUAAAACUGCGGCUCAACCCUGAGCUUCUAGAGUCUUCCAUGAAAAACUCGCCUGAGCUGUACCAGUUCCAGGGCAGAUAUCAAUUCGUCCCUCCUGACCCCGACCACCUGCACUGUGGGCACGGUGAAAUAAACGCUCCGAAUGCCACCUUCUUUUAUUCCUCCUUCCAGUUCCCCAUAGUUGACAAGUAUGUAAACUCGCCGAUUUUGUGCCAAUGGACGGCUCAGGGUAAUAUCUCGAAGAUCAGGGUCGAGAAACUGAGCCUGGCGAAAGACUGCAGAAACAACUUCCUCCAGAUGAAAAUCUCAGGACGGGUACACAAAUUGUGUCACGAUUCGCAAAACUGGAACUUGACUUUGGAGGAGCCCAUAGAUCAAUUUGAACUCUUCCUUGUGGCAAGCAAGGGGGCUCCCCAAGUGUUGAUCGACUGGGGUUCAGGUGAAGAGGAGCCCGACCCUGAGGAGAGUUACGAUAUUCUGACGUUGGUUCUGCUAACAGUUUCCGCAGCCAUUGUUACCAUGAGUGUGGCGUUGAUUGUGGUCAUGCUGGUCUGGAGGACCAGGACCCAAGUUUGGACAGUUUGGAGACACAAAAGUGAGCAGAGAUACAAUACAGUGACCAGACAUUCAACCUAUUGGUAAUAUAUCAAUAUCUAAAUAUCAGUAUUGUUAAAAAAAAGGAGCAAUAAGUGUCUCUGUGUACUUAAUUCAAUCUCAUGCCAAAAUUAUAUCAUAUCUAGAAUUAAAAUGUGGAUUUUGAAUAAAAUAUUAAAAUCCUAAACUAGUGAAUAAAAGCAGAAUUUAGAUGAAAAUGUUUAAAAUAGAGAAUAAUUAUGUAUGAAAAAAUGAAAAUAAAUCAAAUAAAAAUUGAUUGAAGUUGUUGAUGUUAUAAUCAUUAAUUUAA